AUGGUUCUUGAUGAGAGUGUGCAAAAGGUACUCGGCGAUUUGAGGAGAAAGCGGGGUGUGAUAAAGGCAUCUCUUACGCGGAUUCAAACCUAUAUUAGCAAAUUUAAUCCAAGAGAGGAUCCGGUCACUUUAUUAGAAUUUCGACAGGAAGAGCUACCCCAAAUAAACCGAAAGUUUGAUGACGUCCAGUGCCAAAUUGAAUUAAUUGAUGUUGAAGGUUUUGAUGAUGCUGUGAAAGAGAGAGAGGUUUUUGAAAACGCAUAUUUUUCUAUACGCUCAGAUAUGCAGCAAAUUAUAAAUGCAGAAAAGAGUCUAAAUACGUCGAUGAACAAUUCCUCAAUCAAUACAGCAAAUGGGCACUCGCACAGGGUACGCUUACCACCUAUUUCACUACCGAGCUUUGACGGGAACAUCCAGGAAUGGGAAUCUUUUUUUGACUGUUUUAAGGCGAUAGUGCACGAAGAUAAUGCCUAUCCAGCAGUACAAAAAUUCUCCUACCUUAGGUCAACUUUAAGUGGACAAGCGUUGGAUGUCAUUAAAGGAAUACCGAUUACUGAAAAUAAUUACGAAGUGGCAGUCAGAAAGUUACAACAACGUUAUGACAACAAAGGUUUAGUGAUACAGUCCCACAUUCGUGCAAUUUUAGACUGCAAACACGUAGAAUCAACUUCCGGUUUGCAUCUACAAAACCUGCACUCAGACGUCUCAGCACAUGUUGCUGCCCUAGAAGCCUUGGGCCAACCUAUUCAGCAUUGGGAUGCUUGGCUCGUGACUAUUGUUUUGAGAAAAUUGGAUCAAAAAACGAGUCAAGAUUGGCAGCUUCAGCGCACGAAUACGGAACUUCCAAGAUAUGCGGAGUUAGAACAUUUUUUGUCCAACCGUUGUGUCGCUUUAGAAGGCUCCGAAAUGUUAUCGAAGGAUUCCGAUGGCUACAAGGACAGUCAAUCGGCAAUUUCACCCAAAGCAAAGAAAAACUACCAGUACAACAAUUCUAAAAAAGGUCUUAUCACAGCUACAGAUAGAAGUGCAAGGUGUAUAUGCUGCUCGGAAUUUCAUAAAUUGUAUGCAUGCAACAAAUUCAAGGAAUUAUCCGCAGGGGAUCGGGUAACCUUAGUAAGAGAUUCAAGGUUAUGUUUUAAUUGUUUAUGUCCAAGUCACAUGGCGAGCUCGUGUCGUUCUACAUUCAGUUGUCGGUUGUGCAAGCGCAGACAUAACACGUUACUACAUUUUGAAAAUUCAAUGGUUUCAGCAGAUAGGAUGGAAAUCCAAACAUCUCAGGUAAACCCGAGCAAUCAACCUAGCACCUCACAAGAACCAAGUGUUUCAGCAGCUGCUUCAUUAAGCCCUGGAUCGGAGCAAGGGUACGUCUUUCUAUCUACUGCACUCGUGUUCACUGUGGAUAGGUUUGGGAACCAGAGGCAAUGUAGAGCAAUUUUAGACAGUGGAUCGCAGGUCAACUUUAUUUCCGGUAGCUUAGCGAAUCGAUUGCAUUUACGAUCCCAAAAAUCUACAUUACCAGUAAGCGGAAUUGGAGAAAGCCGUGUCCAAGCGUUGUCAUACGUUGAAGUUUCAAUUCAGUCGAGAUUAAGGGACUAUAGAGUGAAACUGGUGUGCUAUGUUCUACCAACAAUUGUCAGCAAAAUACCAGCGUGUCCAAAUCCCGCAAGGGGUUGGGAGAUCCCAGAGGAUUUGCUGUCUGAAUUAGCAGAUCCUCAUUUUUAUAAUCCUGGUGCCGUAGACCUGUUAAUUGGCGGAGGAGUAUUUUUUGACAUAACUUCAUCUACAACCGUACGGAAACCAUUAAAUGUCAAAAAUAUAUGUUUAAACGACAGCCAAUUUGGAUGGAUAGUCACUGGGGAGCUAGGAGCAGUGUGCCUAGCAGGGGUUCGUACGGUAGGAGAGGCACUAGAAGAGAAUUGGAGAGCGAUGGCAGAUAGGGAGGAGUCAUGUUUUGGACGCUUAUCCAAAACAAACCAACGUUCCCGGGAAGAGGAGGAAACACUGCAGCAUUUCCGUGAUACGUUUCAACGCAACCAAGAAGGACGAUUUGUUUUGCGUUUGCCAAUAAAAGAAGAGCAUAUGAGUUUGGGGAAUAGUCUAGCAAUGGCAACCUCAAGAUUUAUAAACAUCGAAAGAAGACUUCAGCGUGAUGAUCACUUGCGAAAAGAGUAUACCAAUUUCAUGACAGAGUAUAUAAACAUGGGCCAUAUGUAUGAAGUAAUUGCAACACAUGAAGUAUCACAGGAUGCUUGUUAUUUGCCGCAUCAUCCAGUCAUAAAAUCAUCGAGCCUAACCACUAAGACUAGAGUGGUCUUUGAUGCUUCAGCUAAAACGCAGAACGGCACCUCACUCAAUGAUAUGCUGAAGCGCGGGCCGACUGUACAGGAAGAUAUCUUCUCUAUUCUGACGAGAUUUCAGAAACAUCAAUAUGUGUUAACAGCGGACAUUGAAAAAAUGUUCCGGCAGAUUAUGAUCGCAAAGGAAGAUCAUCAUUUACAGCGAAUACUUUGGCGUGAUCAUCCCCAUGAAGCACUUCGGACAUACGCCUUAGCCACUGUAACGUAUGGCACAACACCGGCAUCCUUCAUGGCUACGCAAUGCCUCGUGGUACUUGGAGAGGAAGCAAAGAAAAGGAGCUCUAAGAUUUCGGAUGUCAUCUUACGCGACUUUUAUAUGGACGAUCUGAUGACGGGUUGUGACACUGAGGAUGAGUGCAUACAAUUACAGGAGCCCAUAGCUAGCAUCCUGGACUCAGCUAAAUUACCACUACGAAAAUGGUGCUCCAAUUCGUCAUCAAUCAUCGCAAGGAUAGGCAAAAAUCAAGAUGAUGCUCUGUUUACACUAGAUCUGGGAGACGGAGAUAUCAUAAAAUCCUUAGGGCUGUGUUGGCAGCCAUUCGUUGACCAAUUUAGAUUCAACAUCACGAUCCCUGUGGACAGAUCAAAUCUUACCAAAAGAAAACUAUUAUCAGACUUGAAUAAAGUAUUUGACCCAUUAGGAUUUUUGGGUCCCGUACUCAUUAUAGGAAAAAUAUUCAAAAAUAUUAAUUAUGGCAAUUAA